CCGUGAUCUGAUUAGUGAGCGUGUCGGGGCGCCCCCAUCCCCCACACUUCGGCGCCCCGCCUUCUUCGACCAACCACAGCCAUGGGAGGGCAUAUAGAUUGCUAUUUGGAUGUCUCCUCCUUCUAUUCAUACAUGGCGCUCUCAUAUCUCCUCAAGAACAGAGAUCUCCUGGCCUCCCACGAGGUAACCGUUGAAUUUCAUCCCAUCUUCCUUGGCGGCGUAAACGUAGGCAGCGGCAACAAACCCCCCUGGACCCUCCCCGCAAAAGCCAAAUACGGCAAAUUCGACGUCGAACGAACAAAAAAAUACCACGAUCUCGAGAACGCCUCACCACCAGAUUUCUUCCCUCCCCUCACGCUUUUGCCCCAAAGAGCAUUAUGUUACGUCAAAGCCCGCCACCCGCAAUCAACCUUCGAUCAAAUCUUCCUCGCCCUCUUCCACGCCCUUUGGAAUCUGCACGUCAACAUCACCCUCCCAGGCCCGUUCACCGACACCCUUGAAACAACCGGGCUCUUCGCCCCUCCCCAAAUCUCAGACAUCGUCUCUGCUACGAAAGAGCAAGAAUGGAAAGACAAGUUGUUGGCUAACACGCAGAAAGUGCUGGACCAGGGCGCGUUCGGGGCGCCGUGGAUGUGGGUGCAGAAUGGGGAGGGGAAAGAAGAGCCGUUCUUCGGGAGCGACAGGUUUCAUUUCAUGUGGACCUUUUUGGGAGUGCCUUUUCGGGAUAUUGAGAUUACUCCCCCCAAGGCAAAAUUGUGAUUCUUAUCCGGCACCCAAGAGAUCAUUGUUGUGGAGU